AUCCUCAUCGCCGCCGAAGGUGACAGGGGACAGAAAAAAUGGCAACUGCGUACCUUACUCACCACCAAAAAGUCUUGAGGCUGUACAAAAAAUCCUUGAGGCACCUUGAAUCAUGGUGUAUUUUUAGGGAUAAAUAUCGCUUCUACGCGUGCAUGAUGAGGGCACGCUUCGACGAGGCCAAGGAUGAGAAGGACAUGGUCAAAGCCACUAUGAUGCUGAAGGCAGGAGAGGAGGAAUUCUGGUCUAACCAACAUCCCCAGCCUUACCUAUUCCCUGACUCUCCAGGAGGAACUUCCUAUGAAAGAUAUGAAAUGUACAAGGUCCCCGAAUGGUGUCUAGAUCACUGGCAUCCGUCAGAGAAGGCCAUGUAUCCUGACUACUUUGCCAAGAGGGAGCAGUGGAAGAAGCUGCGAGAACAGAGCUGGGCAGGAGAGGUUCAUCAGCUGCAGGAAGAGACCCCUGCCAUUGGGCCCAAGACCGAGGCCCUCCCCCCGGCCCGCAAGGAUGGCGACCUCCCCCCUCUGUGGUGGCAGUACGUCACCCGCCCCAGGGAGCGCCCCGUCUAACAGCCCCCGGAUGACACUACCUGGUGAUAACUCCAUAGUGGCACAUGGCAGCUCACCACGGUACCUACUACCACAGCAUGCAGAUUCACCUCCUGGUGAAUUACUAUCCAUCUGUAAAGAUAAUUAUAUAAUGGAGUCGUUUUGGAAGAGGUUGCAGUAUGUUUUGUCAGAAGAUAUUCCACCCUGCCUGAAUUGACAGUAAUUAUUUAGUAGUAAAAGCGGGUGACUUUCAAAUGUACUUCUUUUCCUGUACAAGGACAUCUGUUUAAAUAAAUAUGGAAAUGAUU